AAGAGCUACUUCUUGAAUUUCCUCAAUAUGAUAAAGAUUCUGAAAGCAAAGAUUCAGAAGGUGAAAGUUCAGAAAGUGAAGGUUCAAAAAGCGAUGAUUCAGAAAAUGAUGGUUCAAAAAAUGAUGGUUCAGAAAAUAAUAAUUCAGAAAAUGAUAGUUCAGAAAAUGAUAGUUCAGAAAAUGAUAGUUCAGGAAACGAUAGUUCAGACGAUGAAACUA